AGUCGCUCCGCCCCAGGCGUCGCCUUCUCCGAUCUCCACCACCACUCCAGUCCAGGCCGCCGCGUGGUAGCGAGGAGGGAAGAGGAGGAGGGUUGUAGAGAGGGCGAGGGGAGAUGGCUCCGAUGAAGCUGUACGGCGCGACGCUGUCGUGGAACGUGACGAGGUGCGUGGCGGUGCUGGAGGAGGCCGGCGCCGAGUACGAGGUCGUGCCCCUCAACUUCGGCACCGGCGAGCACAAGACCCCCGAGCACCUCGCCCGGAACCCCUUUGGUCAGGUGCCGGCUUUGCAAGAUGGUGACUUAUACCUCUUUGAAUCGCGUGCAAUUUGCAAGUAUGUAUGCCGCAAGAACAAGCCGGAGCUGUUGAAGGAAGGCGACCUCAAGGAGUCAGCAAUGGUGGAUGUUUGGCUUGAAGUGGAGUCCAACCAAUACACUUCUGCACUGAACCCCGUGCUUUAUCAGUGCCUUAUCCUUCCGAUGCUCGGAGGAAGCACCGACCAGAAAGUCGUCGAGGAGAAUAUUGAGAAGCUGAAGAAGGUGUUGGAGGUGUACGAGGCGCGCCUGACAAAGUGCAAGUACCUGGCUGGAGAUUACAUCAGUGUCGCGGACCUAAGCCAUGUGUCUACCACCCUGUGCUUGUUCGCUACACCCUAUGCAUCUUUGUUCGAUGCAUACCCGCAUGUGAAGGCCUGGUGGACUGACCUGAUGGCAAGGCCGUCUGUCCAGAAGGUGGCUGCACUGAUGAAGCCGCCCUCAUAAACGUAGCCGGUCUAAUGCAGGUUUGUCCAUGGUCCACAGAAAUAAGCCGAGGUGUGCCCGGUUGGUUGCUCGUUAAGAUUUUGUGUUACUACGUGUCCUGGAUUGUUGAAUGUUCAAGGAUUCAGCAUUGUGUUGUUAUGCUGUUGAUCUAACCUAGUAUUGUACUGCUAUGAGCAUUCCUGUGCUCUGGCCUUCGCAAUUGAGAACCUUAUAAUAAAUUCUGUUUUGGUCACCU